AUGGCGGACAGACAAUCGAACCCAAGUAGUUCAAGUAGUAGUGAUUCACAUGGCUCUCUCGUUAAUCAAUUAUGCAGACUUGUCAACACAAUAAGACAAGGCAACAAUGAUGGGCACAGACGCGAAAAUGAAAACCAUCCAACGGAAACAACGAGUGCUGCCAUAACUAGAUUAUUCCCUAGUGUGAACGGCAGGAGAAAUACAACAAAUUAUACAAACCCUAUUACACCACAAUUUGUACCAAGCCGGAUGAACGUCCCCAAACAAACGAAACGAAAGAAACCUUAUUCUAAAAAGAGUGAAGCUUCAUCUACUCCUGUUAUGAAAGAUGUGAUUCUUCUUCCAAACCCGAGAAUGAAAACUGUUCCUUGUGGGCGUAAAAGAGAGGAGCUUUAUGCUCGUGGUUUUGUUGCCACAGCUUUUAGUAUAACAAACGAAAUGACGAACGUGCAAAUGCACCAACAGUUCUCAACAAUGUUCUCAGAGAAGCUUAAAGGUACUAGGACUUUCACUAUCGUCAGAGCGGUGGGAAACAGAAUUGUCGAAAUAAAUAUAUCUCAGGAAAUUACUGGAAAAGUAUUAAAGCAUAUUUGUGGACAAGGCCCUGUAUACCUCCGCUGCGUUAGAGCAACUGAUACAGAAUUUGCUUGGGUUGAUGCAGAUGAUGAGUCUGAUACUGAUGAUGGGGAAACUGUUGGUAUCGAGAGUGAAUGUGAUGAGCUUCCUACUUUUUUAACUACACCUGAAAAUCCAGCAUCUGCACAUAUGCCCAUCACUACCAGAUCAGAAUAUACGGAUAGCACUCCCAAUAUAUUAAGAAAUAAUUGCACCCCCAGUUUAACAGACAGUGUAAUUCAAGGACAAGUUGGUACAGUUGCCUGCCCCAGCUGUAAUAUGAGAUUCCCUGUUAGUCAAAUUGAGCAACAUGCAGAUGCUUGUUGUGAAGGGAGAUCAUCUGAAGCAUCUUUAUAUGGAACAUGGGUUUUAAAUCCUACAAUUGAUACAAUUGAAGUGCCAGAUGAAGACCCUUUUGUGGACGAAAUAGCAAAUCAACAGGAAAGCCCGUAUUGA